AUGAAGAAAAAGGAUCAUUCAUAUCGUGUGUUUAAAAAAGUGGCUCGAUUUGCCGAUAAACCUCCUUUUGCUCAAGAAUUAUCAUCAAAUGAUAAACCGAUAACUGUUUGGUGCAAACCACCCGAUACCAUUGGAAUACAGUUUUACCUUUUAUCACGUUCAUCGCCCAAUCGAUUGACUCAACAUUACAUCGCCUGUGGAUCUAAAGUUGCCUUUCUAAUCCAUGGAUAUUUAUCACAAUCAACUGAUCAACUUUAUCUUGUUCCGGUUGUUGUUUUACUCAUAACUUUUGAUCCAGCUGAUCCAAUGGUAGCUUUUGGCUUUCCUUUUCCGGCUGCAAACUUUUUCGUCAUGCAGGCAAAUGUUCAAGUUGUCGGUCGAGUUACAGUUAAUUUAAUUGCUCAAAGAUUAAUUGUUAACCAACAAGCUCCAUGUAUCAAUCCCGAUGAUAUAAGAGUCGUUGGGUUUUCUGCCGGAGGUAACAUGUUAUACUUUAUUGCUUCCUGGUUAAAGGAAACAUACAAUAUUACCCUUGGUCAUCUAGUAGGCUUAGAUCCUUCUGGUCCACCCUAUUACUUUUCCUCAAACUUUAUGGAGAAACAAAUUCAUCCAGGAUUAGCUAAAGCCGUUGACAUGGUUCAGUGUACCUUUAAUUUUGAGAUUCCCUUGUUAACUGAACUUCAAGCUUUGAACCUACGGUUUGGGUCAUUCAAUGCCACCGGUCAUACUAAAUAUCUGGUCAAUUUACCUUAUUCUUAUAUUGAACAACCCGGGUGCUUUGGGACUCCCGCUUGUUCACAUUUAUAUUGUUUAAUUGUUUAUGCGACAAGUUUAUUUCCCGAAUGUGGAUUCAACUAUUCACCCUGUACUUACCUUGGUACAACAACUUACCUACCGGAAACUACUCAUAUCGAUAGUCGAGCUGAAGGUUCAAAAGGAUUGAUUUGUAUCAAAGCAAGUGAGAACCCGCUACGUGAUUGUGCAAUUAAAAUCCAGUCAAAUUUGAUUCAAACCAAUUGAUAAUUAUAUUCACAUAAACUUUGGAUCAAUAGUCAAUUGGAACAAUUUAUAUAACAAUUGCUAAUUACCUUCAUCUUGUGUACAUUUACCCUUAUCUAUUUAUCUAAUUAUUUACUAAUUGUUAAGAAAAUCUUUCAAUCUAUUGUUCAAUUUGAUUAAUUGAUUUACUAUUAGACCUAGACUCAAUUUGAAGUGUCUUAUAAUUAACCGGUCAACAGAAAAAUUAACUCAUUUCUUAAUUACGAGUUAAAAGUAUUGUAAUUGUAUUUUAGUUUAUCAACUAGUUUGAGAGUUUAAUCAGUAAAUUUGAUCAAAAUCACUAGUCUGUUAUUGUCUAGUUAUUGAUGUAAUGAUUUUCCAUUGUUGAUUAGUUUUAAUUUUUACUCAUUAAAAUUUUCCC